UGACAUCAUAGCCAAACAGGCUUCGUCAACACGCAAGCAAGAUGCCGCACAUCAUUUGCGUUGGUGCGGUGUAUAUGGACACAAUCCUCUCGAUUCCCCAUUUCCCAAAAGAAGACGAGAAGCUCCGGGCCACAAACCUCAUCCGCCGCCGUGGCGGCAACACCGCCAACACGCUCGAAGUCAUCUCGCAACUCCUGCCUGCACACAACUUCGACUCGGAAACAUCGACUUACUCCACGGAACUGUCUCUCCUCACCGUUCUACCCGACCAAACCUCACCGGAUACGCAGGUUGUGAUCUCCUCGCUCCCGGAUGUAUCCACCAGGCUUUUCCAGUACCGGCAAGGCCAGCAGGUCGCAGCCAGCAGCUACAUCAUGCAGUCCGCUGCGAACCUAACACGGACGAUUAUCAGUGCGAAUCCGCUGGAAGAGAUGACCGUGGAGGAAUUUAAAGGCGCCAUUAAGCCUCUCAUUACCGCAGACAUUGGCAAGGAAGACGUGUGGAUUCACUUUGAAGGUCGGAUUCCGGAGGUGUUGUUGCAGUGUGUGACCUGGUUGAGGCAGAAGUACGGGUAUCAUGGGAAAGUGAGGGUCAGCGUGGAGUGCGAGAAGCCUGACAGGAUUGGCAUGAAGGAUGUCGCGGCGUUGGCGGAUGUGGUGUUUUACUCGAGGAUUUGGGCAGAAGCCCACUCUGACACAUCCACAUGCGCACCACCCAUCACUGCCUCCUCAUUCCUGAACUCCCAACUUCCCCUCACCCACCCCAACGCAACCCUCAUAUGCACCUGGGGCUCUUCCGGCGCUGAAGCCCUCCGCAAGACCACUAACGGCCCCACACUAUCCGCGUCAGAGUCCGGUUGGAGGCCUUCAGCAGAUCAAGCCGGACAACCCAUCGACACCGUUGGCGCUGGAGAUACAUUUAUUGCUGGUAUGCUGUACACGCUGGUUGAGCAGCCGAAGUGGGGAAUCGAUGAGCGAUUGGCGUUUGCGAAUGAACUCGCUGGACGGAAAGUUUAUAGACAGGGGUUUAGUGGGCUGGGAGAGGAGAUCAAGGGGUGUGAGAGGUGGGGGGAGAAGUUGGCAAAGCGUCCACAGCCGGGUUAGGGGCCUGGGUUUGGGGAGAUCUGAGUCGAUGGUUGGGCGUGGAGUCAGGGUAUCCAAUCUCUGCCGACAGAUAGAACUUGAUUUUCGUCCUAUA